GAUCUACCCUGGACUGGGUUUGCCUGCAGGCUUCUUCCACCUAGAGGCCGGGAGAAAAGAAGAUCUGUAUUUGCUCGUGAUUUCACCCACCAAGGAUUGAAUGUUGCUGCUUCCAAGACUGAGUGAAAGGGACCAUUAAGAUGGAAAUCCCACCCAAAGAGAAUGUGCAGCUCUUCUUGAAAAACACAGUGAUGUCCAUUGACAGGUCUUCUUCAAGAUCAGAAUCAUCCACUUCAAAGGAGAAACAAACAUUAUGUGGUGGGAUGAAGAUUUUUCUUGGUGCAUUAUCAUUUGUUUACUUUGCAAAAGCCCUGUCGGGAAGUUAUCUGAAAAGUACCAUCACUCAGAUAGAAAGAAGAUUUGAUAUCCCUUCUUCUCUCGUCGGGUUAAUAGAUGGGAGUUUUGAAAUUGGGAAUCUUUUAAUAAUAAUUCUGGUGAGCUACUUUGGAGCCAGACUUCAUAGGCCAAAGAUAAUUGGAGCCGGCUCCCUGAUCAUGUCAGUUGGAACAUUUCUGAUUGCCAUGCCACAGUUCUUUAUGGGACACUAUAGGUAUGAGAUAUUUUCUUCCUCCAAUUCAACUAUCAGCAUCUCUCCGUGUCUGCAGGAGCAAAACCAAAUAACCGUCUCAUUCUUGGAAAGAUCUCAGGCAAAAAUCCAUGCAGGGUGUGAAAAGGAAGCUGGAGUUUCCAUGUGGAUCUAUGUGCUGCUGGGCAAUCUGCUGCGUGGAAUUGGGGAAACACCAAUCCAGCCUUUGGGAAUCGCAUACAUCGAUGAUUAUGCCACAAAGGAGAAUGCAGCCUUUUAUAUUGGGUGCGUGCAGACAGUCGCAAUCAUUGGCCCCAUAUUUGGCUUUCUUUUGGGGUCGUUGUGUGCCAAUCUGUAUGUGGACAUUGGCUUUGUAGACAUGGACAGUAUAACCAUCACUCAUAAAGACUCCCAGUGGGUAGGAGCUUGGUGGCUCGGCUAUUUGAUAUCAGGGGUAAUCAGUGUUCUUGCCGCUCUCCCCUUCUGGUUCCUGCCAAAGCAUCUUCCGCGGCCAGAGGCCCGAAAAGAUUCCAGCACUUCCUCUGAGCAAUCCAAGUUCAUCACAGAAGAUAACAGAGACUGUGGCAUCAGCUACCAGGAGCAAGUCAAGUUUCUUGAGAUGGCUAAAGAUUUUCUGCCUUCACUGAAGAGCCUCUUUGGGAAUCCAGUUUACUUCUUGUAUCUUUGCUCCAGCGUCAUCCAGUUCAAUGCUCUCAUUGGUAUGGUGACAUACAAGCCAAAAUACAUUGAGCAGCAGUUUGGACAAUCUCCUUCAAAGACAAAUUUUGUCAUAGGUCUCAUCAAUAUUCCCGCCGUAGCCCUUGGGAUAUUCUCCGGGGGGCUGAUCAUGAAGAAAUUCCGGCUGGAUGCUUUGGGGGCAGCCUGGCUCUCCUUGCUUUCAUCCUUGGUUGGUUACCUGCUGCUCCUUUCGCUAUUUGCAAUGGGAUGCAAGAAUACAGAUGUGGCUGGACUAACCGUCUCCUACCAGGGGGACAAGCGGUUUUCCCGUUAUGAACAAGCCCUGGUUUCAGAGUGCAACUCAGGGUGCAUCUGCUCUAAAAGUGAAUGGGACCCCAUCUGUGGAGAAAAUGGAAUCACCUACGUCUCGGCUUGUCUUGCUGGUUGUAAAACAUCAAAUGGAAGUGGGAAAAACAUGAUAUUUUAUAACUGCAGCUGUGUGGAGCUCUCGGAGUUUUCAUCACAGUACUCCUCGGCUGUGAUGGGACCUUGUCAAAAAGGAAAGGAGUGCCCCAAAAUGUUUCUCUAUUUUCUAGUAGUGUCUGUCAUUACUUCUUAUACACUGUCCAUUGGAGGGAUUCCUGGAUACAUUUUACUUCUAAGAAGCAUUAAUCCACAACUCAAAUCUUUUGCUCUGGGCAUCUAUACUUUGGCUACAAGGGUUCUUGCAGGAAUUCCAGCGCCAGUAUACUUUGGUGUUUCGAUCGAUACAACUUGCCUCAGAUGGGGAAGCAAAAGCUGUGGAGGUCAAGGAGCUUGCAAACUCUAUGAUUCUAAUGCCUUUAGGUAUAUCUAUCUGGGUUUGACGGUUGUUUUGGGCACCAUGGCCACAUUCUUUAGCAUCGCUGUCCUGCUGGUUCUAAAGAAAAGGUACAAUCCUCAAAAUCCAAGUAUCACACCCAGUGGAGAGAAAGCAGCACCUUCUGUGAAAAGCAGGAAAAGCGACUUUGUCAACAGCGACCACUUGGUCCAGGCAACCUACUGGCCAGAAAAAGAAACACGCCUUUAGGAAAGCUUUCCUUAACUGAAAAGGAUGGUGGUGUAAGAUGGAAAGUCUGACCUAUGAUCCAAUCUAAGUUCAUGCUUCUGAUUACGUGUGUGAGUGUUGGGUGAUGAGGACAGCGUGACCUGUACAUAGCAAACACCUUCUAGAAAUUUGAGUAAUGCGAAAAUGCGAUUUUGCCUCUGCCUGUGUAGAAGAUCCAAGGCAAAAGUCUCCCUUCUCUGUCUGUAGUGAAGAAUGGAGUCCUUUUAAUGAAGUAAAUGACACCAGCAUUCCUUGAAAAAAUCUUCCAUCCAGAAUUUAAGUUGCGGCUGAUUUGUUGUGGAGGUCCAGAAAUCAUUUGCCAUUGCAAUUUAAUUGAAUUGCUUACUUCCAUUUUCUUGUCAUUUUCCUUUGGAUGCAAAAAAUCAUUCUUUAGAGCAUCAAAGCUCAACUUCUAUCCAUUUUGAGGAUAAAAAUGCUUACUCACACUUAAAUGUAAAAUCUAGAUAUCUUUGAAGUAUUCCACAUCUAUUUGAAUUCAUUGUAUGAUGGACUACUUGACUGUAGAAACCAGUUUUUUGUUGUCCUGACUGAUCAAAUAUGAUGGUCUUGGGUUGUAGGCAUGAUCUUAAAUUAGCCCCUUUUCACGCCAGUGCAAAUAGACACAGAAAGCUGGCAAUAGAAGGAGAGGUUUCCAUUUGCUUUCAGGAGAGACUAUAUCCUCUCCAGAGUCCAUGGAUAAAGCUGAUAUCAGAUCACUGAAAAUCCAAGAAGAAUCCUGAUGGAUAUAACCAAAGGUCUGUCUAGUACAACAUUCUCCUAGUUUCUGAAUGACCAGAGUUUAGAGGGAAGCUGAAUCUGAUCUUGAAGUUAGUACAUAACUGUCUUAACUCAUAGUACAUAACUGUCUUACCUCAUAGCUGUUGAUAGCCAUUUUGAUUGAUCCUCAUCGACCAUUUUAGCCAAUAGAGGUCAAAUUUAGAAACAUAGAAACAAAG